CGAAAUCGACGGCUGGAGAGGAACGAGGAAGAGAGGAAGACCAUGGAUUACAAUGUUAAGGAGUGCACUUGCCGUGUUCCGAGGUUGGAUAAAUAAGUAGGCUGAGUUCUUGUAGGCGCUCGAGGACGAUGGGGAUGAAGCGCAGCAGGAUCGGCUAUGGCAAGAUGGAGAUGGCGGGGGAUUCGGAAGCCGAGAUGGAGAGUAGCAACAGUUCCAGGAACUGGACGCCAUGCGUAGUCCUCGCCUGCAUGAUAUAUCUGCCGCUGUUGGUGCUUCUCGUUGGAGCUUACAGGAAGCCGUCCUUGGAAUGGCUUCGAUCCGUUGGCUUUACUGCGGAAACAGGGUUGAGAUCAGAGAGCUCGUCUUCGCCGGUGCCUGAGCCAGUGAAGGACAAGCUUCUUGGCGGCCUGUUGGCUCCUGGAUUCGAUGAGAGCUCCUGCCUGAGCCGAUACCAGUCCGUGCUGUAUCGUAAGGCGUCGCCUUACACACCUACGCCGUACCUCGUCGAUAGGCUUCGGAAGUACGAAGCUCUCCACAAGAAAUGUGGCCCGAACACCGAGCUCUACAACAAGUCCAUAGAGCAGCUGAAGUCCGGCCGCAGCACCGGGCCGGGGGAAUGCAACUACGUUGUUUGGAUUCCUUACAAUGGCUUCGGGAACAGAGUACUGACCAUCGUGUCUGCUUUCCUCUAUGCUCUGCUCAACGACAAGGUUCUGCUGGUCCAUGUCCCCGAGGACCUCGCCGACCUCCUCUGCGAGCCGUUUCCUGAGACCUCGUGGACUCUGCCGAAGGAUUUCCCGGUGGAGAAGCUGGAGAGCUUCGAGGUCAGAACUCCGCAGAGCUACGGCAACAUGCUCCAAAGUGGGGUCAUCAAGAACGACAUGAGAUUUGCUGCCAACCUUACACUGCCGGCUUACGUUUACCUCCACCUGACCCACGAUUACAGCGCGUUGGACAAGAUAUUCUUCUGCGAAGACGCUCAGCAGAUGCUCCGGAAGCUGCCGUGGCUGCUGCUGAAGUCGGACAACUACUUCGUGCCGUCGCUGUUUCUGGUGGAGGAGUACGAGGAGGAGCUGCGGCGGCUGUUCCCGGAGAGGGAGACCGUCUUCCAUCACCUGGGCCGAUACCUUCUCCACCCGACCAAUGUGGUGUGGGGCUACGUCACGAGGUAUUACCAGGUCUAUCUAGCGAAGGCUUAUGAGAUGGUGGGCAUUCAGAUCAGGGUCUUCCAGCACGCGCCUGUCUCUUUCGACACCAUGCUCAACCAGAUCAUCAAUUGUUCGAGAAAAGAGAACCUGCUGCCGGCCGUCAAUCUCGAGGAGCCCGGCGUGCCCGCAAAGGAUGCGAGAGAGAAGGCUGUCCUGGUGACCACCUUGUACUCCGGCUACUUCGACAAACUCCGGAACAUGUACUACGAGCACUCGACGGCCACGGGCGAGGUCAUCGGCGUGUACCAACCGAGCCACGAGGAGCAGCAACACACGGACCACCAGAACCACAACAUCAAGGCGUGGGCGGAGAUCAACCUGCUCAGCUUCAGCGACGUGCUGGUGACCACCGCGUGCUCGACCUUCGGGUACGUGGCGCAGGGGCUCGGGGCACUGAAGCCGUGGAUCAUCCCGAGGCCGGCGGAUCGGAACCAAGCCUGCCGCCGGGGCACGUCGAUGGAGCCGUGCUUCCACUCGCCGCCCAGCUACGAUUGCAAGGCCCACAAGGACGUCGACAAGGGGGCGGUGGUCCGCCAUGUGAGGCACUGCGAAGACCUCGACGAGGGCCUCAAACUGUUCGACUAGCUCACUCUCCACCAUGUGUUCGACAUAAUUACUUGUGUUUCACUUAUGUUUUCCUUGGAAUAGAUUAUAUGUAGCACCAAUUGAUGCAUUAAGCCACUGACGAUUUAUAUUCAUGCAAAGUCGAUUUCCUUUUACAAUGAACUUACUAUUAUAUUUA